CAUCCAUCCUUUGCGUCUUUUUCUUUCUUUCUUCCUUUUGACAUAUACACACACUCUCUCUCCCUCCGCGUGUCUCGCUCUCAGCCUUUGACUCGCGCGCUCCCCCAAACUACUGUCCUCCACCGAUUCAACUCGGAGGCACAUGUACCCAUCACGGUCGCUCCCCAUCUCUCUCACCUAGAUAUCUGGACGCCAUCUUCUCAACCGCAAUCAUGUUGAGGUCUUUUGGAGCACGUGUAUUCGCAGCAAUCUUUGUUCUAGUCUUCCUCAUCGUCAUCUUCCACAACGAGGAAUCCGCUGGCACGGCUCUCCUUCCCUACCUCCCAGUCUUGCCAUCAACUGGCUCCUCGCAAUCCUCGUCGCUCCUCAGAGCAUGGAUCAAAGACCGUUCGGCCCUGUCUGAGAAGUCGUGGAAGAAGAGCGUUGACCUGCGCGACUCCAUGGCAAAGACGCAUCCCGAUAACCCAAAGAUCCCCUUUUUCCCCCAAGACUUCCUCAAGUACCCAUUUACCAUCUGGGACUUUUUCCCCCCUACAUGGACAUGCCCCCAUGACAUCCAGCGUGUUGGUCGCCUUGGUGACGGCGGCAAAUGGGUCUGCGGCAUGAGCGUGUACGAGGGACUUCCGGCGCUGAAAAGCGCGCCGCAAACCUCGACUUCGCAAGAGCCGCUGUCCGACGCCCAAGAUGGCCUUGUCAUGUACAGUUUCGGUAUCAACGGCGAGUCUUCGUUCGAAGCUGAAAUGCUCGAGCGAGUCCCUAGUGCGCGCAUCUGGGGCUACGACUUUUCCGUCGAGGGCUGGGGCCCCCAGAUUGCCCAGCAGCACCGACACCGCACCUUUUUCAAGAAAGUCGGUCUCGGCAAGGAGGACAAGCACCAAAGCGACCCACCCUUCUGGACACUCCCCGAGCUCAUGAAGCAGAACAACCACACAUACAUUGACAUCUUGAAAAUCGACGUCGAAGGCUCCGAAUACGACGCCCUCGACACCAUGAUGAACGCCUUUGACAACAUCAAGUCGGCGUCGGGCAAGUCGGUCCUACCCAUUGGUCAGGUGAUGAUCGAGCUGCAUCUCGGCGACGGCAUCAACAUCGAGGAAGGCACCGUCGGCGGAAACAGCGUCGACUUUAGCCGCUUCCGCUCAUGGUGGGAGCGCCUCGAGCGCAUGGGCAUGCGUCCUGUGUGGAUGGAAAUCAAUCUUUUCGCCGUCACCCUCGGAAAGUCGAAAUCCGACCCUCGCUGCACAGAGUAUGUGUGGGUCAAUGCAAAGGAUCAGCGAAAUGUCCUUUGGAAUGUAUAGAUGAAAUUUUGCAUUUGUUAUGGAUUAGAGAAAGGUACCGUCUGUACCAGGACAAAGUACACGUGAUGUACCAUAUCACGGCGUUUGGGAUAGCAUUUUGAAAUCAUACUACU